ACUCCAAUUCGUCAUCACAGGUAGUAUUUAUUUAUCAAUUCCUUCAAUUCAAGUUUUUCUGCUUCUUCUUCAAUUUCCAUUCCUCGUGGAUUAGAUUCAGAACUUCUAACCUGAUCAUUCACUUCGUGCGUGAUUUGAUUUAGGCCGAGAUCAUCAGUUCUUUUACGGGAGUGAGUAUGGGUUCUGAAUCUACCAUUCCCUCGACUGUUUCGGACGCGAAACCUCAAAACCCUGAGUCAGAGCUUGUGAAACCAAUGGAGGGGAAUGGGCAAGAUCCCAAUGGAGAAACUCUGAAAGAAACUUCAUCAAAAUCAGUGUUUGUGAACUCUGAACCAAUAAGAGAGGAGCAAGUGCAAAAUGCUGUAAAGUUUCUAUCACAUCCUAAAGUUAGUGGUUCCCCAGUCAUCUACAGGCGUUCUUUCCUCGAGAAAAAGGGCCUCACGAAGGAGGAGAUAGAUGAAGCCUUCCGCCGUGUCCCUGACACGCCUCCAACUGUUACAAGUGCGCAGCCAACUAUGAAAAAUCAAGAUGGCCAGUUGAAUUCAUCUGCAAAUAUGCACACACAAACGCAAAGUCCACAACCCGCAGCAGCUGCUCCUACUGCUGUUGUUUCUACAGUGGCUACAUUAUCGAAGUACCAGUUUCAUUGGUCUCAUGCUUUUCUUGCUGUAGGGUUGCUUGCUGCUUCUGGAGCUGGAUCUGCCUUGUUUGUUAAGCAUGCUGUUGUCCCUAGGUUGAAGUCUUGGAUUAGAAAGGUGGUUUCUGAAGAAGAAGAAGAAGAAGGUGACAAGAAAAGUAAUUCAAAACCAAGUCUGAAUGAAGAAGCUGCAGCAGCUGCAAAGGCAGCUGCCGCUGCAGCAGCAGAUGUGGCCAAAGUCAGUCAGGAAAUGUUGAACUCCAAAAGUGAAGAGAAGAAGUACUUUGAGGCUUUUAGGAGUUUGUUGGAUGUCCAGGUAGAGGAAAUGAGGUCUAUGUGUAAUGCUAUUCGGAAAUUGGAAGCUACAAGAGACAUUGCUCUUUCAUCAAACAAGCAGACAGAUGAACAUACUCAAACGCUAUCAUGGAAUGUGAGGCCUCCAUCAGCACCUGCAUCUAUGGAGCCCUCAGUCACACCUCAUCCAAAAUCAUAUAUGGAGAUGACGGCUAGGGUUCAUCGAGGAGAGAAACCUCCCGGGAUCAGAGAGAUCAACGAUCUGCCUCCCAACCCUAAUCAGCUACUGUCAAAUCCUCCAUUAGCACCUAGAGUAAAGGUUUCUUCUGAACAGCCAUGGGAGGUGGUCAGUCAGGCUCAAAAUAACUCCAGCUAUGGUCUUCAGUCCCAUACGAAUGAUGAAGGCUCAAACUCCAAGGAACAAGAUAGCUGGCCUACAUCUCAGUUGAAUGGUUACGGUUCAGAACCUUGGUGGCAACAGAAAAAUAUGAGGAUCACAGAAAUUGAAUCUGAGAAUGAACCGCAGACAACCUCAAAUGGUGCAUUUGGGGUGACCAAUCAGCAGGUUCCUCAGCGUGUGUGGGUUCCACCCCGAGCACCACCUGUUGCCAUGCCUGAAGCUGCUGCUGCAAUACGACAGCCAAAACCCUUGAUUCCAAGAGGACAAACUAGCAAUGAUCAGAUAAGUGCAGGCCCUUCAGAUGACAUUGAUGAUGAAUUGCAGAGGGUCACAAAAGUAUCGGAAUCAGGUGGUCAACUGGAAAUCAACAAUGAGAGUCCAAGCCUGGAAUCCAAUGAGAUACGGGAGCAGGAAAUAAGUAAUGAAAGAAACUAAUGUGGGAUCAGACUUACAAUCAGCCUCUGGUAUUACCCAUUUAGAGAGAGUAAUCAGCAGAAACUUUCAUGCUUAUCAGAGUGAUGGCCGUGGUGCAUAAUAAUUUUGAUUCUACAAGAAAGAAAGAGAGAGAGAGAGAGAGA